CGGGGGCCCGGCUCGAGCUCUCCCCUCCCGAAGGCGCCCGCUCGGACAUCCCGAGGAUUGCUACUUCUUUGCCAACUUCGCCAACUCACCGGCACUUGGAGCGGCCCGGCUCCCCGCCCGGCGCCCUCGGGCCGCCCCUGCUCCUCGGCUACUCCGACUGCCGCCACUGGAUGAAAGGGUUCCAGGGGAGCUGAGCGAGCCGUCUCCCCCGCCCAGCCUCAGCCCUGGCCGCAGCUGCCGCGCGCGCCAUGCGACCCCAGGUCCCCCCGGCCCGGCCUGCCACCCCGGGGCCGUUCUGCUGACCGCCCAGCCCCGCGCCCCGACGGUGGGAAGUUCCGGGCGCUGCGGUUGCAAGCUCCGGCAGGCCCGGGAGGAGUCCCUGCAGGGAGCGCAGCGCGGCGCCCCCCGGCCCCCGAGCGCUCCGCCGCAGCCGGGAGCCCGCUCACCCCCCCCACCGUCCCUCCCUUUUUUCCUCAAGUCCUGAAGUUGAGUUUGAGAGGCGACACGGCGGCGGCGGCCGCGCUGCUCCCGCUCCUCUGUCUCCCCAUGGAUAUGCACUGCAAAGCAGACCCCUUCUCCGCGAUGCACCCAGGGCACGGGGGUGUGAACCAGCUUGGGGGGGUGUUUGUGAAUGGCAGGCCCCUGCCCGACGUGGUGAGGCAGCGCAUCGUGGAGCUGGCCCACCAGGGUGUGCGGCCCUGCGACAUCUCCCGGCAGCUGCGGGUCAGCCACGGCUGUGUCAGCAAAAUCCUGGGCAGGUACUACGAGACCGGCAGCAUCAAGCCCGGAGUGAUCGGCGGCUCCAAGCCCAAAGUGGCAACACCCAAAGUUGUGGACAAGAUUGCUGAAUACAAGCGACAGAACCCGACUAUGUUCGCCUGGGAGAUCCGGGACCGGCUCCUGGCGGAGGGCAUCUGUGACAAUGACACAGUGCCCAGCGUCUCUUCCAUCAACAGGAUCAUCCGGACCAAAGUUCAGCAGCCUUUCCACCCAACGCCGGAUGGAGCCGGGACCGGAGUGACUGCCCCUGGCCACACCAUCGUUCCCAGUACGGCCUCCCCUCCUGUUUCCAGCACCUCCAAUGAUCCGGUGGGAUCCUACUCCAUCAAUGGGAUCCUGGGGAUCCCCCGCUCCAAUGGCGAGAAGAGGAAACGUGAUGAAGUCGAGGUAUACACUGAUCCUGCCCACAUUAGAGGAGGUGGAGGUUUGCAUCUGGUCUGGACUUUAAGAGAUGUGUCUGAGGGCUCAGUCCCCAAUGGAGAUUCCCAGAGUGGCGUGGACAGUUUGCGGAAGCACUUGCGAGCUGACACCUUCACCCAGCAGCAGCUAGAAGCUUUGGAUCGGGUCUUUGAGCGUCCUUCCUACCCUGACGUCUUCCAGGCAUCAGAGCACAUCAAAUCAGAGCAGGGGAACGAGUACUCCCUCCCAGCACUGACCCCUGGGCUUGAUGAAGUCAAGUCGAGUCUAUCUGCAUCCACCAACCCCGAGCUGGGCAGCAACGUGUCGGGCACGCAGACAUACCCCGUUGUGACCGGUCGUGACAUGGCGAGCACCACUCUGCCUGGUUACCCCCCUCACGUGCCCCCCACUGGCCAGGGAAGCUACCCCACCUCCACCCUGGCAGGAAUGGUGCCUGGGAGCGAGUUCUCCGGCAGCCCGUACAGCCAUCCCCAGUACACGGCCUACAACGAGGCUUGGAGAUUCAGCAACCCCGCCUUACUAAGUUCCCCUUAUUAUUAUAGUGCCGCCCCCCGGGGCUCCGCCCCUGCCGCUGCUGCCGCUGCCUAUGACCGCCACUAGUUACCGCGGGGACCACAUCAAGCUUCAGGCCGACAGCUUUGGCCUCCACAUCGUCCCCGUCUGACCGCCCACCCCGGAGGGAGGGAGGAUCGACGCGACAAGAAGCCUCCCGGCCACCGCCCCAGACCCACCCCAUCCCAGGACCCCUACAGCCCUUCACUUCACCCCGUCGAAGGCCGGACAGGACGGGUGGAGCCGCGAGCGGGACCCUCAGGCCCGGGCCCGCCGCCCCCAAUCCCGCCCGCCGCCCCUCCCCGCCUGCCUGGACAACGCGGCGUCGCGAGGAGGGUCCGACACAGCUCAUCCCCGCCUCGCCCGAGCCGACCCGGGAGUCGACCAGCCACACCGCCGGACUCUGGCCGAGCCCGCCGCUGCGCGGGGGACACGUUUCUGUGACACACAAUCAGCGCGGACUGCAGCGCGGCCCAGCCCCGGAGCAGCCCGCCUCGGACGCUCCGGCGCCGGGAGGCUUCGCUGGGCAAAGGAAAUUAAGAACAAAACGAUGUUCUGCAGAAGGGGGAAGAGCCUCCCGCCAAGUCCCCGGGAAAAAGUCCGCACCCCGGCGCCAACCGGACUGCUCCCACCUGUGCCCUGCCCAGAAGGUGGAAUGGAAUGGGGGCGUGAGGGCCGGGCUCUAGGGACGGGGACGGGGGCGGGGGGGGGGGGGCUGGGUUGUCAGGUGUUUCCAAGGUUGUGACCCAAGGCACGCAGGCCUCAGCAGCCCGCACCCACGGAGCCCGACUCUUGGCUCUUCCCUACUCCACCUGAAUUAACCAGUUCCCCAGGGCCCAGGCAUCUCCUACCAGUGACCAGACUCUCAGCCCCGCCUUGCCCCUACCUCAGCGUCUCUUCCAUCUGCCGACCUCGCACUUCCCCCUCCUGCCCGUCCUUUUCCCAGCCCACGACGCUCUGCAUCUCUCCUCCCUAACUCGCUGCCCCGCCGGAGGCUCUUCCGUGCCUGCCUCAGGACUAGUUUCCGCAGGCCGCGGCACUGGUCUUCCCCGAGCGGUUGCUUGAUGCCCCCCCACUCCCCCGACACAGACUCUCCAUCUGCAGGUGGUGGGAGCAGGGUCUGAGCUGGCGUAUGAGCUGCGCGGGGUGGGAGGUGGGGGGCUGCCCACUCCACCCCCUCCCACCCACGUCCAGCCUCCUCCUCUGGCAGGAAAUGAACAGGGCCGCAAAAAGUCUACAUUUAUUUAAUAUGAUGGUCUUUGCAAAAGAGGAAAACAAAAACAAAAACCCAACAGGUUGCUGCUUCGUAGAAAGACGGUGUGUGUCGUGUGAAGGCGAACCCCUGUGUAUAUAACCCCACCCCGUCCACCCCGCCCCGCCCCGCCGGGUAGAGUCCCAGUUGCCCGCCCGUCCUGCCUGUAGAUACGCCCUGCUGUCUGUGCUGUGAGAGUCGCCGCUCGCUGGGGGGGAGGGGGGGACACAGCUACACGCCCACUAAAGCACAGCACGUCCUGGGGGAGGGGGGCUUUUUUUUUUCUGUUACAAAAAAUUACGAAAGAAAAGAAAUCUCUAUGCAAAAUGACGAACAUGGUCCUGUGGACUCCUCUCGCCUCUGUUUUGUUGGCUAUUUCAAUGUAAUUCCCUGUUUUCGCUCUCUCCUCAUCUCUCUCCUCUGCAUCUCUCCCCUCUCCAUCUCUCUUCUCUGCUUCUCUCCCCCUGACUCUGUCUCUCUGUCUUCGUCUCUCUUGUCUCUCUCCCUCCCUUGGCCUCUCUCCCCAGCCCUGCCCUGGCUGCCUUGCCCCCUGAGACUAGAUCAGAGGUGGCAGCUCCAGCCCCCAGGCUCGCCCCUCGAGGCCGUGCCCCGCGCGCCCUGGGGCGCCGGCGGCCAGGCCGCCCUGCCCCGUAGUUGCUCUCUCGGUAGCGGCGAUGCGCCCUGCAUGUCUCCUCACCCGUGGAUCGUGACGACUCGAAAUAACAGAAACAAAGUCAAUAAAAGUGAAAAAAUAAAUAAAUAAAUAAAAAUCCUUGAACAAAUCCGAAAAGGCUUGGAGUCCUCGCCCAGAUCUCUCUUCCCUUGGAGCCUUUUUUUUUGAAAAGGAAAACGAGAGAGAAGAGAAUAGUUAAGGGAACUGCCGGUGCCCAGCCAGGCCCCAGUGGCCCGAGCCGGGCAGCGAGGGAGCCGAGGUUCAAACUCCGAGGCCCGUCCCAUUCCAGUCCCUGUGGGGCUGGCGCGACAGGGGACCCAGACCCAGGACCCAGCCGAACCCUCGGAAGAUCCCCCGAUGGCUCUGGUCUCCUUGGCCACUUUCAGCGCGUCGGUUCGUUUUGAUUCUUUUCCUUUUUUUUUUUUUUUUUUUUUUGCGCACAUGACAAAUAAAUAAUAAUAAUAAAUAAUAAUAAAAAUAAAAUUUUGUAUGUCA